AUGUCCAAGAACGACAAGAGAAAACGUAACUUUGGUUCAUUUACGGAGCAGGAUAUCUGUUCUAAGAAAGAUAAGACGAUAAGUUUGGAAAAUGCAAUUCAAAUUACGCUUAAAUAUAAGGCAUUAAAUAUUGAAGAAAAAAAUGUAUUCAAGGAAAAUGUACUAAGCGA